CGAUGCAGCAGUGCUUCCGUCGCCUUUAUGCCACCAUACCUGAUGCUGCCGCGGUAGCACGUACUGCGUCCACUCCUCGCGCUGUGCGUCUCCGCCGACUCCGAAUUCGCAAGACAAAACACCCAGAAUUCCCCGCCGAGUCCGAUGCAACACCCGAAGGCCUCACUCCCACCGAGCUUUCCCGGUACAAGCGCGAGCUGGCCAAGGGAAGUCUCAUGCGCAGCGACGGGACCGACGUCAGCGAGAAAGAGUGGCUGGACCGGCUGAACGCGCGCCGGAGCCGCCUGCGCGGUGUGCGCGAGGUCGUAAAGGAGGACGGUACGACGGAGGCGCAAAUUGUCGGUCAGAAGGUGUACCUACCAAACAUCGUCUUCCGGCUUGUACGCAACCACACGCCGCCAGGCCAGCCGUACAAUCCGUACGAGGCGACCUUCCGCAUCCCGCAGUCGGUCACUAAAACGGAUGUGCGCUCGUAUCUGCUUGCGGCGUACGGCGUGCAGACAACGUAUAUUCGCACGGACAAUUACCUUGCGCCUGUGACCCGCAACCCGUCGGACUUGUCAAUCACGCUGCGCAAGCGGCACAAGACGUACAAGCGCGCGGUUGUCGGGCUUGUCGAGCCGUUCUACUACCCUCUGGCAGUCGAGGACAUGCCGCGGGCCGAGCGCGAGAAGCGGCAGGAGUGGCUCGAGACGAGCUUCCGGGCGAAGGCGUUCGACGAGCAGCGCAAGAAGGAGCUGUUGCGGGUGAGCAGAAUGGGGAGCAAGGACUGGAAGUGGCGGACGGGUGUGACGGCGAGCAGGGGUAACAUCCUGCGGCUCAUCGCCGAGCGGCGUGCAGCGAGGGAGCUGGCGGUCCAGGAUGCGAAAAAGCGGAUACAGGAGAGCAGGAAGGCUCCCGAGGAGGUUGCCACCGCAUAGUGAAUGCUGCAAAGUACUACUUUCUGUCACUAAUGACCUC